CAGCGGGCGGAAGGCAGCGGCGCCGCCCGGCCCGGCCCGGCCCGGCCCUGCGCGCACCUGGGGGCGGCGCCGCCGCCGCCCGCCGGGGGGCGCCGCGGUGCGCGGCCCGCCCCGCUCCGCGCUCCCGCCCCCAGGCGCCGCGGCCGCCGCUCCGCCGGGCUCCGCCGCGCUCCGGGCUGCGCCGCGCUGCGGCUGCGGCAGCGGCCGCGGGGCGGGAGGCAGCGCGGGCGGCGCGGCCAUGCGGGCGGGCGGCGCGUGAGGGCGGCGGGGCGGGCGGCAGCGCGGGCGGCGCGGGGCAUGCCCGCCGCCUCGCCUCGCCUCGCCUCCCGAUGUUCCACUGGGGCAAGUGGAGGAAGAGGAUGGGCGCGAGCGCCUCCGCCUCCCGCAGACCCGUGUUCGACGAGCGCGAGGACGUGAACUUUGACCACUUCCAGAUUCUCCGAGCAAUUGGGAAGGGAAGCUUUGGCAAGGUGUGCAUUGUCCAGAAGAGAGACACCGAGAAGAUGUAUGCCAUGAAGUACAUGAACAAGCAGCAGUGCAUUGAAAGGGAUGAGGUUCGCAACGUGUUCAGGGAGCUGGAGAUCCUGCAGGAGAUCGAGCACGUGUUCCUGGUGAAUCUCUGGUACUCCUUCCAGGACGAGGAGGACAUGUUCAUGGUGGUGGACUUGCUGCUGGGCGGUGACCUGCGCUACCACCUGCAGCAGAACGUGCAGUUUACGGAAGAAGCCGUGAAGCUCUAUAUCUGCGAAAUGGCUCUGGCGCUGGACUACCUGCGGAGUCAGCACAUCAUUCACAGAGACGUAAAACCAGACAACAUUCUCCUUGAUGAGCAAGGUCAUGCACAUUUAACAGAUUUUAAUAUUGCAACAAUAAUUAGGGAUGGUGAAAGAGCAACUGCAUUGGCUGGAACCAAGCCAUACAUGGCCCCAGAGAUUUUCCAUUCGUUUAUGAACGGAGGGACGGGUUACUCCUUUGAGGUCGAUUGGUGGUCCUUGGGAAUUAUGGCCUACGAACUUCUUCGAGGAUGGAGGCCGUAUGAUAUCCACUCCAAUAACCCGGUAGAGUCCUUAGUUCAGCUCUUCAGUACUGUGAGCGUCCAGUACUCGUCUGCGUGGUCGAAGGAAAUGGUCGCUCUGCUAAGAAAGCUGCUGACGGUGAACCCCGAGCAUCGUUUCUCCUGCCUCGCUGACGUCCAAGCUUCGGCUUACUUAUCAGGCGUGAUCUGGAGCGAUGUCUGCGAGAAGAAGGUGGAGCCGGGCUUUGUCCCGAAUAAAGGCCGCCUGCACUGCGACCCUACCUUUGAGCUGGAGGAGAUGAUCCUGGAGUCAAGACCCCUGCAUAAAAAGAAGAAGAGGCUUGCGAAGAACAAGUCGAGGGAUAACAGCAAAGACAGUUCCCAAUCCGAAAAUGACUAUCUGCAAGAAUGCCUUGAAGCUAUCCAGCAAGAUUUCGUCAUUUUUAACAGAGAGAAGUUAAAGAAGAGCCAGGAGCAGACGAGCGAGUCCGUGUCUCCUCCCGAAACCACGGACGAAGCCGAGACGGAGGCCGAGUCCGAGAACUCCAAUCUGAACAUGUGCAGCUCCGUCUGCUCCUCCGCGGGCAGCAGCUAGGGCUGCGGCGAGGACGCGGGCCGGCGCAUCUCGCGGGGACUCGCUUUCCCGGGAUGCGCCGAGUCGCGCGGCGGUACCCGAGCACGCCUGGAGGACUGACACCCCCGUCUUGCGAAGCUGUAGCAAACAGAUAGUUCUUAAAGAACUGCGCUCGUGGGCUUAAUGGGCCGCCAGUUGUGCACACUGGGUUCCUGCCGGGAGUAAAGAUACUUGCUAUGCAACUCGUGGGAGGACGUAGACCCAUUCCUUUCCUUGUCCUUUUUUAGCGUCAGGUUGCUGGCCUGGACGUGGUUUUCAUACAAUGACAUGAGCACGGAGCUGCAGGCGUGGGGAGAGGCUGAGCGGGUGGCUCUGGUCUGGUCGCGCGGCGUCGGGACCCCCCCGCCCCGACCUCCUCGCUGGUGACGGCUCAGAGCUGCUUUCCCAGCUCAGAGCAGAGCGACGCUUCCUCGCCCGCUCCCGGGGCCCCCCUGGGCUGGGAAAUGCCUAACGGUGUAACCAACGUGUAAAAUGCAUUCGAAAUACUUGCUUUCUUCACACGGUUUCCAUGACUCGCAAGGAGCUGUGCAAACGGAUGGGAUUGCUCUGUUUCUUUGCUCAGGUUAGGAGGACGCGAGUUAUCACAUAUUCAGACUUUCCGAAAGCAAAGCGGGUGGCCUUAAAAUGCUGCUCAGUUCGGAGGAGAGGGGAACCUUAUUUCACCCUUCGAUUUACUUUAUUUUAAAUGCAAAGUGAAAGCACUGUGUAUAGUUUACCAACACCUGUUUUAACUUCUUAAUAAGACAGGAGAUCUCUUUUGAACUUUGUCCCAGCUGUGAAUAUUGCCUUUCUUACUGCUUCAACGAGCCUCUACAAUAUUGGUUGCUUAACCUGCUGUAUAGUGGCUUUCGGUUCCGAUUGCUAAAAACGAGCCCCUGGUUCUGUUAUACCAUACAGCUGCUGUGACGCUCAUAGGUUUGAUUAUAACUGUAUUCGCUUCGAAACUAUCCAAAUCCGUUUGCUACCAGACGUUAAGGAGGUUGCUGGGUUUGUGUCCUUACUCUAUAUUCGUAAGGCGAAAAUGGGUAGGAAAUGUUUUUAACAGAUGCUCCCUCUUUCAGGGCAAAUCUUGCUGUGUUUUCAGUUCCCAUUAGUGAGGCAAAAAGGCAUAACCAGUAUAAAACCAUUUUAUACGGGAAAACAUACAGCGCAUCUAUUUUCCACAGUUUUAUGUGGAAGUUAGUAAGUGGCUGAAAUUGUGCAGAACCCCGUUUUCACUGAAAUCCGCAAAAGCAGCGUUCAGGUGGCGGCCCGGAAAGAGCUGCUGAAACGCCCCACAUAUUCCCCGGGGACGCGUGAUUUGGAAAACGGGUCCUGCCUCGCAUAAAUCUAUUCCUAACUCUUAAUCAGCGAGAACAAAUGGCACGUCGUAACGCUGAGGAUCGCUGUGGUGUGCAUUAGGGACACCGCGAGUGCAAUAUAAUUUAAGUACGCGUUUUCACCCAUAAGUAAUGCAUGCAGAUAGACUUCCCUGAUACCCACGGGGGGGGGUAGGCUUUAUUGGUGCCUAUUUGUGCAUAGUCCCUGGAGGAGAAAUCACAAGAAAAGAGUGACUAAAAGGGAAAAUUGUAAGACAUAGGUACAUUUGCUUCAUUGCUAAAAGGCCGUGAUGGGUCGUGAUGUGUGGGGCCCUUCCAGCCCUGCCGUAGGGCCUCCCUGCGUGGCCGGGUUGCCCCUUGGCCACACUGGUAGCUUCGGCUUCUGCUAAAAACACAUAAGUCUGCACCGUUCCUCGACUAUCCCCUGGCUUUAGAGCCGGAUUCAGCUCCAGGUACAAGCAAAACUCGUGGUGAAGUCUUGAAAUCCUACUGCUGCAAAACCCCGUAACGCAGAGCUGGAAGCGUGUCGGUAGCUGGCUCCGGUUGACACCUCCGCGAGGACCACAAUACGGUAUUUUUCUGCGUAUAAAUAGUUAAAUAUGUGUAUUUUUUGUAUGACGGGUUUAUACAGGGUGCUGCGUGACCUGCCGUGAAACGUCUCUGCCGUCCCGUCUGUGGGUUACCCUCCUUGGGUCCCUUCCCAGGAGGUGUUUUCUUAUCUCCGUUGUAUUACACAGUUUUGGAAACUUGUAUAUUUUUAAAUGUUCCCAUUGAAUUCUGCAGACUUCACUGGGGAUUUUGCCUAGAAAAGAAAUGCCAGAUCGGGCCCUAAUGUUUCUUUUGAUGCCAAUUCUCUAUUAGUUUAUACCUUGCCAAAAAAGAGAGUAAAAGUAGUCAAAUAAUAGCAAAGACACCUAUAACGUGAACUUGCCAUUGGACCGUGCUGAAAUCCUGAUGCCUUGGUGGGCUAUUUUAAAAAAUUAUUUCGGUGGAAAUCAGACAUGUAAAGUAUAUCUUUGUACUUUAUGUUAAUACAUUUCUGUAGUUUUUAUUGCAUGAGAAAAUACUACCAUGUCCCAGGAGGAGAUUUAAGUUAUGACAGCAGAUUUGUGUUUUUGCAGAUACCGCGAGAAGCCAUUGCAUAUGUGGAGUAAUAAAUGUGUAUUUUUAACAUUGCCAAA